CCUGAAUGCUUGAGGCGAUGUGGCACAUUGGCAAAGGCUAAACCCAAAGCGAAUUGCCAGCUCUCCAAUUCACGCGACGCAGCCCAGCUUGAUCGUCCCCUGUGCCCUCCAACCUCGAAAACCACGAUCUGCCGUCACCCUUGGAACCGGCCCAUUGGCAAUUUCUCUCCUGUAUCUGUUCUAAUCCAACAUACACGAUCCCUUUCCCCACCGACACAAUGGCCGACCAAGUACAAGAGAUCCUCGACGUGCCGCGCGAGUUCCUGAAGGAUGGUAUCCAGUUCCUCAACAGGGCCCAGAAGCCCGACAGGCGCGAAUUCAUCAAGAUCUCACAGGCAGUCGGCGUUGGUUUCCUCAUCAUGGGCGCAGUCGGGUACUUCGUCAAACUGAUCCACGUCCCCCUGAACAACAUCCUCGUCGGCGGCGCAUAAACCCAUCAACUCAUCGGACUCACCCGCGUACCGAGAACGAUUUGGAUGGUUGCGAGGCAGAAUAGAUCGAGGCAGAAGGAAUCGAGGCAGCAUGUGAGCAGUACUUCGGGACGAACUCGGCGCUCACACCUCGUACGUGAUUUACGGGAGACGGAACUUCGGCGAUUGUUGCUGCUGGGGGGCGGGGCUUAUAAAUACAGGAAGGCCAUCAGCAUGAAGGGUAGAAACUUUACUGGGAACUGGGGAAGCGGCAGGAAAUGGUGCGGCGCAAGAUACCUAUCCCACAUUGUCAGCCCCAGGCUGGCGUGUGGUAUUUCCACUGCGGUGAGAGCAAUUGUAAAUGAACACAACUUUCUCGUGAUGUGGUUUGAACCCACCUCUGGAUUGUGCAUGGUUCUUUGGGAUAGCCUUUCUGUAUGGAUUUAGAUAGCAUUACACAGCACGCUGCAUAAGGACCAUAUG